GUCAGAUCGUCUGAUCCGUCGACUUUAUUGUUUCUGGACAGAGCAGACCAGAGCAGAGCAACCCAACUCGAGCUGACUGACGGCAACAAAAGAAGAAGCUGGACCCUGGCAGCUCUUGCACUCUGCACUCGGCAUUCUGCGCUAGCAAGAACCGAUCCGUCACGUUGAUCCCUGCAACCAUUGACGUCGGCUCGCCCAGCUUGGUUGCUUGCUUGCCUGCUCUUCUUUAUUUACUGUCGUCUCCUGUCGUCUCCUGUCCCCUCGCAUCCAACAUCCCACAACCCCGUCACCUGCUCCACCAACGGGCACACUGCCGACCCCGACUCCACGGCUUGGGCGGAGAUUUGGCUUUAAUCUUUCGAGGGGGAAACGCAGCAGGGGUGGCCAGCUCCCGGCCAGAAAUGCUGCUUCACGACUCGCGCCAGGCCGUGGCAGACCAUGCGUGAACGGCAGAGGCGGCGACGACAUCCUGAACCUAAACCCUGAGUCCCGAGCUCGAGCUCCAAUAAUCCAUAAUCCACCCACUGCGACCAUAACUCGUCCGGCAUCCUCCCAUAAGGCUGGCUGUCUUGUCUGUCCUGUUGCCUCGGUCGCAACAAUCACAUCGAUCACAUCACAUCACACUCCACCCGCCAGAGGACCAGAGACUCAGAGACCCAGGGCCGAGAGCUCCACAGCUCGCUCCACCACGAGCCCUUCCCGUCCCGCUUCCACGCCUGCAACCGGCUUGCCUACGGAGUACCUCCACUUGAUCUCGUGACUCCCUCUCUCUCCCUCUCUCUGUCUCUCUGUCUCUCUUCCCUUCCUACGACAUGGCGUCUGCGUCGCCUUUAUACAUGCCAGGCACCUUCCACUGCUCCGAGCCCACCACCCCGGCGGCCACCACCCUCAACGCCAACAUGUUCCGCCCGCCCGCCUCCCCGACCACCUCGUCCAACCACAACCUCUCCGGCUCGAUGCUGUCCGAUAACACCUCCGCCAACAACGGCAUGCCAGCCCCGAGAUUAGGUAGGAAGCGCACGUACGACGAGACCAGAGCCAGCAGCUCGUAUUUUGAUAAGGUUUCCGGCAUGGAGGACAGUGCGCGCGGCCAGGACAGGUACCUUUUGGCAGGCCAGAUAGAGACCCCCGGCACACAAGCCACCCCCGGCAGUGCUGCGGGCCUCGACGACAGCCUGUACUCGGACGUCGACUACCGCCGCCGCCUCGAGCUGGGCUCAAAAACACCACACGACGACCCGCCCCCGAUCCUCGGCCUGUACAGGACCAUUCCCCUCAUCCUCGCUCCAGCAACACCUACCUCGCCACGCGCGGCAGGCUGGACCACUUUUGCAUUCCAGGCCAUAGGAGGCGUCGUGGGAAAGGUGUGGGAGUUCUGCAGGGGCGGCGCCGGUGCCUUCCAGGGCUUCAGGGCAGGCGGCGGCAAGGCGUACGAGACCAACGGCCAGCCCAUUAACAGCCACCCCCAGCUCCAGAUCCAGACCGACCUACCGCCAACUCCUCAGGACCGCGAGGACUCGGAGAGCCCACCUGGGGCCUUCCCCGUAUUCUCCGACGCAGUGUCCUACCUUCCAGACAGUAUCCCAGACUACGAAGACCACAGGCAAGAGGAGAUAUACCGUGACUACCAGGAACAGGAGGAGCAGGAACAGCAGAGGAUCCACCAGCAACAGCAGGAACAACAGCGUGAGCACGAACGACAGGAGAUGGAGAGGCAAGAACUCGAGCGGCAGGAGCAGCUCCUGCGCGAGGGCUCCCCAGACACAAUAUCCGACCGGCCGGCGCCCAAGAGGAGGCAGACGGGCAUGAUCGGCGAGCUGGACGAGCUGCGGCGGAACUGGGUCAUGGUCGACGAGAAGGAACAGCAGCAGUCCCCGACGACAAGACGGCCGGCGUUGAACAAGCGUACAUCAAUCUCGUCGAUAUCAUCAAUAACCCCGUCUCGCAUCCCAGCCCGCACCACCAGCAACCUGGCAGCCCGCCUGCAGCAGCCCAACCCCUUCGCAACCCCGACCAAGCAAGCCGGCUCCAUGGACCCCCCAGCACGACGGUUUAGUGUGACCUCGACUCGCUUUGGGUUCGAGCAGAAGCCCGGCAUCCAACCACCUCGCUCUGCGUCCAGGCUGUCUCUGGCCUCCAACGCCUCGUACGCGGGCGGCUCGGUCGCAUCACCAUCGCUGGGGUCCGGCGAUGGCGCCAGCUUCGCCAGCCCGCGGUCGCCCCCCUCGCGGUCGACCCCAACCACGCCGACCGUUGCCCUCAACGGCUCACGGAUACCACAGCCCAAGGGCCUGGGCCUAAAUCUAGGAGGGCCCAACCCAUUCGCCAACAUCCAACGGCCAUCCCCAAACAACAACAACACGCCCAGCAGCCGGCCGACCAGCCGGCACUCAGCCCGCCACUCGGUCCACCACUCCCCGCUGACGCCGUCCUUCAUCCCCAGGUCAGGCACGCCGUCGCGGGCCGGGGGCCACCACCGCCGCAGCGCGACGAGCCUCUCGGCAGGGCGCGCCAGGUCGCCCAGCGGGGCCGGCGGGGCCGGCGGGACGAUGGAUCCGCAGCUGUCGCCGCGGCUGGACGACGAGGCCAAGAGGCUGGCGGCGCAGCGGGCGGCGGCCGAGAAGCGCAACACGACGCGGCUGGACAGGCUCAACGGGGAGCUGCAGGCGCUGAUCCGGCAGGGCCAGGCGGCGCUGGACACGGAGUUUGACGUGCAGAUGGGGGAUGCCGACGACGGGUGGGAUGAUUAUGGGAAUUGAGCUGACGCGCGUGACUCCCUCGUACUGUGCUUGUAUUAUUCCUCACGGCGGCUUGGUUUUGCCGCGCGUGCUAUAUCUGUCUUUCCCGAGGGACUUGGUUUCGGCUUCGGCUGGCUGGGAAGGAGAGAACGAAAGAAAGGAAGAAAGAAAGGAAAUACGAGAUCUGGAGAGGCCCAGGAAGAAGUGUUUCGUUUUGACGGCAUCACAGGACAACAACAAAUACCCCCGUCUUGUUUUCAUUCUUUUCUCUGAUGUUUGGUUUUGCGUGGAGUUUAGGCUUUUUGUCUUUUGUCUUUUGUCUUCGCUCUUUACCUGGCCGGCUGGGAACCGAGUUGACAGGAGGGGGCCAAGGGGACACAUAGGAGUCAGUCGCGCAGGUUUCUGUUUGUCUGCCUGGUUGGAUCAGGCGCCUGUUGUAUCAAAAUGUAUGGCAGGCUGGAUGGAUGUGGUGGGUUCUAAUUUACUGCAUCGAAGAUGAACCUUUUGCGAGAGGAUUUCGUAUACUUGUGUGCGGAUCGAUGGGUGACACUUGUCCUGGCCCAAUAAUCACAUUAGGAUACGACCACAUAUAUGUACCGUAU